GGUCAUUUCCAGCAAUAGCCUCGUUGCGGCAGACAAAACGUUAUGUAAGCAAUCACCCUAAUCCUCACCCUGCGAAAAUAAAAUUUUCCGUCUCACCACUUGGUUCAUGUAUAAGGUUUCCUAAAUUGGUAUGAGAUAAGACUGAUAAUACUUUGAAUACCCAGUACAUUCGUGCUAGCACAUUGAUAAGAAACUAUUGAACCUUAACUACCAUCCUUGGUACCAUCCCAACAUUGCUUAGUUUGGAAACGCAUGGCUGUUGAAGUAUAAUAAGCAUCAACACUUAUAUUUCAUAACGGGGUGAUGUCAGCGAAAAGUUUACCUAAUCUAGUAGAGUCAAUUAAGUUGGACUCUGCAGCCACCCCACCGAAUUCUAAGACAGAUAACCCGAAAGCCUUGCCAAGGGAAUUCCUCCCGGCCGAUGCAGGUGAUAAACUGGAACCUUCUGACCCUGAGGAUGAUAGUACUGGGAAAUUACCCCAAACCCUGGGGGAUUAUAAGGCAGAUGGGAAAGUCUUGUACGAGGGAGCCAAUGGAGUCAUUGUUAAAGGGGUUGACAAAGUCACCAACGAGCUAGUUGUGUUAAAGACAGUUAAGAAACGUUCUCUGGAAACGGCACCAAACUAUCAAGCUGCCGUUAUGAGAGAGUACAAUUUAUUAAAGCCAUUGAAGAACAAGAAUAUCAUAACGAUUUUGGAUCUUUGCAGAAAUAAAGACACCGAUGAGCUUUACUUUGUUUUGCCUUAUUAUCCUCAAGGCGAUUUAUUGGACUUUUUGUCAGUUCUUCGGAAGAAUAAGAAAACCAUCAAUUCGAAUUUGAAGGACUCAAUGUUCAAGCAGAUCGUGUGUGGAGUCAAAUAUCUCCAUCAGAAUCAGGUGGCUCAUCGUGACUUGAAACCAGAAAACUUUCUUAUCAGCGACUCAGGGGACAUUAAGAUCAGUGAUUUUGGAUACUCGAUUGAUUUAAAACGACUUGACGAAGAGUUUUGGAAUUCUUCCAACCCGGUUCUAAUUUGUGGAACAAACUCAUUCAAAGCUCCUGAAAUCUUCCAAUGCGAUAAAUUGUUGAAGGAAGGUGAAAGCAUGGAAAAGGUGAAACAGCUAAUGGACUUCAAAGCACUUGAUUAUUGGGCGUUGGGAAUAGUUUACAUUCAACUUUACUUGAUGAUAAUGCCCUGGAAGACUGCCGACUUUAAUGACCCUAACUUCAGGCACUACAAGGCUAAUUUCCCCGGAUCUGACAACUUGAUUUCUAACUUGAACAAAGACUUGGAGAAUAGUAAUGCCAACUAUAAAUUGAACCCAUCUCUCAAUGUCUUCAAAGACUUGCAUUAUGGUGCCAGAUUCUAUAUAUUCAAACUACUCCACCCUUCAAAUUCCAAGCGGCUCACGGCGGAACAACUAUUGAAAUCAGACUGGAUGACCCAAUCAUAUGCUAACCCAAAAGAACUCCUAACCCUUAAGAAAUCCAUCUAACAAUCACUACAAUCACAACUUUCCCUGAUAAAACUCUGUACUGUGUAAACUAGGUAGUAUAUCAAUUCAAAGUGUAUGAAUAUAAGUUACGAAGCAAAUGGCAGUAAGGAAUAUUUAAAGGGAUAAAUACGUCCAGGGAAAGGGGAACGUUGUACAAGUAGAUGGGUGGUGAGGAAAUCUGAUUAGGCACCACAGUAUCUGACGUAAUAGGGUUGCUACCCGAGGAAGCCUUUGGUUUUCUUCUUGGUUUGGAUGAGGGUCUCAUGAGUGAAGAAUAUGUAUUCUCAAAAGAUUCUGGACGUGAUUUUGCAGCAUUAACGGUUGUUAAGGCUACCAAGUUCAACCCACCAGGAACUUGAAAUAUGUUAAAGCGAUGAAGAUGUAGACAUUUGAAAUUCUCCAACCACAUAUACAAGUAGUUUCAAUUGCUAGUACACUCCUGAAUGCCCCCAGAAUAACUAAUACCGGUGCACUACUAAUGCUAAUAUUAU